ACAGUCCCUCGAGAACACGCAAUGCCCACCACUGCAGCAGUUAAAGAAAAAUUGACUGGUGCACAGGAGAAGGCAAAGGCCAAGACGAGGGCAGCAAUCGAAUUCACGCAUCAAGCAGAAAAGCUAGGCCAAUAUGCUCCAGACCAAGAAAACGAUCAGACCGGGUCAACACAGGCUGUCGAGGCAAAAUUCAUUACUGCUCAGGACCCUGUAAUCGUAACAGCAGAUGGAGGGCGCCUGCCUGUUGUGCCAAUCGAGGAGGCUGAGAAGUUGAACAAACUGCACGACGCCGUAGACGAGGCGAAUCCUUCAACCGGCAUGCCUCAAAAUGCGGAAGCGCGACAAUCGAAGGACGGGACUAUCCACGGCGCACAUACUGCGAUCCAAAAGGAGCACGAAGGAGGCAAGACGGACGCACCUCUGGACUCUCAGAAGCCUCCUUCUCGGACCAAUCCCUUGUUCCCGCCGUUGCCCAUGUAUGGACCCCCGACAUUGAUGCGGAGGGUGCAUUGUUGGCUGUUUCGAAUCUCUUCCUCCAUUUUAUCUUUGUGUUUUCUCUUGGUCAUCAUCCUGGGUGCUCUUUUUACAAGCAUGCCUGUUGUAAUCAAACGUUUGUGGUUGCGAAUCACCCUCAGAAAUCCAGAUAAGAGCAGACCAUUUUAUGACGAAGAAGAGACACGACGGACGGCUAGGCGUCUGGCAGAAAAUGCCUGGAAACAAGGUAAAAACGAUCCGCUGGAAAACCACUCAAAUAGUGAAAAAGCGACUAGUGGUGACGAAUUUGUACCUCUCGAAGGCGGACCCGAUAAGAUCCCUUGCGAUGUACGCUAUUAUGCUCGCCGGGCUGGACUCGAUUGUGAAAUAUUCGACGUGCAAACAGAGGACGGUUUUAUAAUAGAGUUGUGGCAUAUAUACAACCCACGAGAGUAUAAACGCACCGACUCCUCCCAUCGGCAACCAAGGUCUCCAGAAAUAUUUCAAAACGAACCCAAUCUAAACGAUGCCUCGGGCAGCAAGAAGUACCCCGUACUCUUGAUACAUGGGCUUUUACAGUCUGCCGGGGCCUAUUGUACGAACGACGACGACAGCCUCGCGUUUUUCCUUGCGAAGUCUGGCUACGAUGUCUGGUUGGGGAAUAAUAGAUGCGGCUUCAAGCCCAGGCACAGCUUGUUGGAGUAUGGGGACCCUCGAAUGUGGGCAUGGAAUAUUCGACAAAUGGGCGUUCUUGAUCUCCCCGCCCUCAUAUCUCGUGUGUUGUCAGAAACUGGAUUUCCCAAGCUGGGUCUCGUUGGACACAGCCAAGGCACAACGCAGAUCUUGGUAGCUCUCGCAAAGGAACAACGUCCAGAUAUAAGCGAAAAAAUCAGUGUUUUCUGUGCUCUCGCUCCCGCCGCUUAUGCGGGCCCGCUCGUGGGCAAGAUGUACUUCAAGUUCAUGCGCAUUAUCGGUCCCGGUAUGUUCCGUGCGAUGUUUGGGAUUCACGCAUUCAUCCCUAUCAUGAUGACCAUGCAUGCCAUCUUGCCUCCGAAACUGUAUGGAGCUAUGGGAUACCAAGUGUUCUCAUUCCUUUUCAAUUGGUCUGAUGACCGAUGGGAGAAGGAUCUUCGCAAUCGCAUGUUUCAAUUUGCGCCUGUAUAUGUGAGUGCUGAGAGUAUGCGUUGGUGGCUUGGACGUGAGUGCUUUGCGAAACAAAAAUGCAUUCUAGCUACACGCGAAGAGAAAAUCAUGGAAGACAAGGAAGACGAAAUGGAAGAGAAAGGGCACAUAUCUACUCCGGAGGAUAGCGAUGACGACGACGACGGGCCUGGUUCGGCACCCAAAAUCGGAAACGAUGACUCUUCCCGGGCCAAAUAUGCUUGGUACGGACCCAAGACCCCACCUUUCGCUCUCUGGGUAUGCGGCGCCGACGAAUUGGUCGAUGGUCGUCGACUGUUGCGACGUUUCGAACGAAAUCGCGAGCCCUAUGUUGACGUCGUCCAUUCCAAAAUCAUUGAAGGUUAUGAGCAUCUCGACGUCAUAUGGGCUAUGGAUGCCGUGGAAAAAGUUGGCAAGGAAGUCAGGGAGGUUAUCUGGAAGACAGCUGGUGCAGAAGCCAGAAGAGCUUGUAGAGUUCCCAAAGGUUGUGCUGAUAUCAAAGAGCACCAGUUUUAUAAACCCAGGGAUGAACCGAACGUUGAGACUAGGAAGAUUGAUACUUCGGUCGGUGAAUGGAGUGCCAAGGCCCGAGAUCAAGUUGGCGGCGGGAGUGGUGAGGGCGACAAAAACUUGGAAGAGAGAAUUACUAAGAUGGAAGAGGGAGACGUUAAGGUAUGA